UCGGAAUGCCGUAGGUGAUAGAGCUGUGUUGAUUCACGAGAAGGUGUAAUGAGUGUUAAGCAAAAGGGGGCUCUGAAAUCUCGCUGAAAAUUGGGUAGUUUUGGACUUUGUGAUGAGUGACUUAGAAAAAUGGCAGUUCGGUUGUCUUGCACCUAAAGAAGAGUUUCGGGGGUUCGUAGAUGCCCGCGGCUCCUCAUCCUCGACGUAAGCCCGCACCGGAAGCAGACAAAGAUAAGGCGACAGAGUGCAUGUUAGAGAAUGACACCACCAGACAUUACGACAGUGUCAGUGUGGGCAGACCGAUCUCUGGCACUGCUCGUGAAAUGCCAGGUUCCAAAGGUGGCGAAUCGACGCUACAGUUCUUGUAGUUAACUAGAGAAGAGGGAAAAAAGAAAAAAAAGAAGGAGGGUAGAAUAUUUAUCAACGGUGGGAAGGUGAAUGAAUCGUGUACUCUCCCAUCCACACCGAAGUCCGAGCAUGCCGAGUGGGGAACAGGUGUAGCACCGCCGAGACAGAAUGUGUUCCUCGCCAAGACGCCCCUCCGUCACCCCCGCCGCUCGAACCUUCAUCUUCCAACAGCAACUCCUUCUGCUCCUCCUUCUGUGCAUGCGAACCUCCUCCUCAUACACCCCAAGGGCACCGACGUCGCCCUUGCCUCACGAAAAGUACCCGGGCGAAGAGCACCGCGGGCAUGAAGAAAGGCCGGUUUCUUCUGAAGGAGAUGACGGCGGCAAUUUUUUCCCACAAGAUGUCGGAGUUCGGAGUUCUGAGUGGUUCGCAGAAGUACAAACGCUGGACAUCAUAACAAAGCCAAUCAUAAGUAUGGCUGGUCGAUCCCAUAUCACGGUGGAGUUUAGGAUAGACAGCCAUCAUAUUCUUCUUGACAUGCAUCCAACCAGCGAUCUCUUGGCCGAGUCUUACCGGAAGCCACGAAACGGGGCCCAAGAGGUGAGUCAGACGAAUGUUUUUUUUUCUCUUGAUGAAGAAAUACAGGAAAAUGAUGACGAGGUGCAGAAAAAAAGAGAUUUCCACUGGAAUAGAUUACCUAUAUACAAGGAAUGCAUUCGUUCAAAUAGUAUUAGGGCAAAGAGUUGGAGCGUUGCCGGUGUCCAGUAUGUCUUGUGUCAUUUGUCGCCAGACAAAGCAAAGCCUGAGAACCGCUGUUCUGUGUGGCAGUGGGUUCGCUCCAGCCCGGCUGGCCACGUGGACGCCGUGCGGACCCGCGGCGGAGGCAGGAGUGCGACUUCCAGGGGACGGUCACAGACCUGCCGGGCUCUGGCGGCUGACCUGCGGCGAAGUCGUACACCGGGGCCUUCUGCCCUCUCGCCUUUGGGCGUGGUGGUGGUAUCCGGCAGGGAGCUUCUGGUGGAGCCUCUACCAGGGACAAGGACCCCCGAGGGACCGCACAGGAUCGUCUCGAGGGAACAGGUGGAGUCUGUUCCAGGGAAAUGUGGUGCGUGGACGUGUCCUCCACCCCUCUCCGCCCCACCCCUGCCCCCGGCCCUCCUCCCCUGGGUGCAGGCGCGUCGCGGGGCGCUGCUCGGGCCCCUCUGGACGGACAAGUUGACCCGCUUCGUGGAGGUGGUCCUCGUGGCCGACCGCAGCUUCUACCUCAAGUUCGGCGAGGGGGUGGCCGCCCGCUGCCGUGCCAUGCUCAACAUCGUGAACGCGAUGUACCGCCCGCUCGGCGUCGUGGUUGUCCUGACCGACCUCAUUGUGUGGGACGAUUCCGACAAAAUCGCCGUCACGAACAGACACGUGGAUCUUCUCGCCAGAUUCACGGCCUACCGUCUCAAGCUGCUUCAGGAGAGGCCUGAUUUGCCCAAUGACAACACUAUUCUGUUGACGAGAGUGGAUUUCGUUGGCUCGACCGUCGGAUAUGCCACCGUGAAAGGCAUGUGCAGCAAGAACUCCUCGGUGAGCGUCGUGCAAGACAAGAACGAGGCCGUGGGCAUUGUUGCACAGACCCUUGCGCACGAGAUGGGCCACAACCUCGGCAUGUUGCACGACGAGGACGCGCAAGACUGCACGUGCGAGAGUAGCAAAUGCGUCAUGGGAGGCACCGGCAGCAACAUCUACAACUCCAGCAUGGGUUGGAGUUCCUGCAGCAAGAAGUACCUCGCUCAGAGCUUCUCCACCGCCGGCUUCGACUGCCUGAAGAACGUCCCGACGAAGCUGUACUCGCGUCCCAGCUGCGGCAACGGCGUGGUGGAGAGGGGCGAGCAAUGCGACUGCGGCCCGGCGGAGUUCUGCGACAACCCCUGCUGCGACCCCGACACCUGCAGGCUGGCUGUGAACGCCACCUGCGCCUCGGGGGCUUGCUGCGACACUAAGACAUGCAAGCCUCUGCCCGUCGCCUCCUUGUGCCGGGGGGCCCUGUCCGAGUGCGACCUGCCCGAGUUCUGCUCAGGGGACUCCGAGUACUGCCCCGCUGACGUUUUCAAGAGGGACGGGGAACUUUGCUUCCGUGGAAUGGGCCACUGCCACAGGGGCGAGUGCGGCAGCCACCAGCAACGGUGCAAGAUAGUCUGGGGACCGACGACUUCCAAUGCUGAAGAUAAGUGCUACAAUUACAACACUGGCGGUAGUUCGAACGGCAACUGUGGCUUCAGGGACAGUAGUCUGAACAACCUGAAUAAGUGUAGUCAGAGAGACUCCCACUGCGGCACCCUUCACUGCCUCCCUUUUACGGACAAGCCCAUGCUCACGGGCAGUUACCGGUACGGGAAUAUAGGCAAGUGCCAUUACGUGUUGGCAUCGAGGCACAUACCCAGUGCCUUCUGGUUGGUUCCUGAUGGCUCUAGCUGUGGCGUGAACAAGAUGUGCGUGAAGCAGAGGUGCGAGGAAAUCUUAGAACCGGACGGCGUAUCUCAGUGUCCCAACGGUUGCUCUGACCACGGCGUGUGCAACAGCAACAACAACUGUCACUGCGACCUUGGCUUUGGCCCUCCGGAUUGCUCAGGCUUUGGUUUCGGAGGCUCCUACGAUAGCGGUCACAUGGAGGAGCCCCGAAUGAAUCCGGUACUGAAGGCCAUCAUCAUCUUAUUCUUCCUGUUGCUGGCCAUCGUUAUCAUCUUCUGCUGCACGUUCGACUUUCUGCGCAGGUGGUGGGAGAAACGAGGUCGAUCUCUCAUCAGAUCCAGCGUCCCUUGCUGCGCCUCCUGCAUCGACUCCUGCUGCUGCUUCUUCAUGGCAAAGUUCACUCACUGGGUCGUCACCGCCGGGCCCCUCGGCAAGGAGAAGCACGCGGUUCAGCGCCAAGUCGAGGCGAAAGAGGGAGGAGACAGGACUACAAUCUGUCAAGUGGACGUCGAUUUUAACAAGGACUUGUCCAAGACGAAUACGUGGGGCGUCGCCAAUGACAAGCUGGUGACUGACAUCGUUACUAUCACGCCGAAGAACUCUCCUGACCUUAGAAGGAAGGUUCAGCUGCCUUCGGAUUCGCCUGUUCUUUACCACAAGUCCAAUGAAGGUCUAAAUCGCCCUACGUACAUCCAGUCGCUCUCGGUCGACUCGGGCUGCGUUGUCGACGACGAGGAAGUGAUCACGAGGGAACCCGUGUCGUCGCAGAUGUCGAUGACGAGUCUGGUGAGCGCCCUGAGGAAAUUCAACCCGAAGUCGUCCAAGACCCCGGACCGGGAGGCGAGCCAGCCCAAGUUCCCCGCCCGGAAGAUCUCCAAAACGCCCGAACGCGAGAUUCAACGGCCGCCCUACGUCACGCAGAAGUCCAUGCCCUUGAGCCGCUUCGUCGUGGAUCCUCUCGCCGGAAAUCGGAACUCGAGGCAGGGGACGCCUCCUCCUUUCGAGGAGUCGGCGCCCAACUACCGCCGCUCCGUCUCCACCGACGUGGUCUCCGCCUGCGGGACCAAGACCCCGGAAGCCCGUCCCCGCCCCCCUCCGCCCGCCCUCAAGCCGCACAGGAGCGAAGACAACAUCCACCGAGCGCCCACGACGAAGGACAACCCCUUCUUCCCCCCGGACAAGGUCAUCGGGAGGUCGAGCCGCCCCAGCGAGCAAGUCUCCUCGAGCGAGAACAGCAGCGAGUCUCUCGACGGGAGACGCAGGCAGCCCACGACGCCGAAGAAGACUUCUCCUGUGAGGAUGCCAAUGCUGCCCCCCGGGGCGAAAAGACCCUCGCCGCCGGCGGGAUCUCCUAGAUCAGGUCCUCCGGCGCCUCCUUCGGCGGCAACGCCCGCGAAUCCUCCGGCCUCUGGCGGGAGCGUCAAGGACAUGAUUCGCAGGAUGGAGACGAACUAA